UUUCAGUGUCAGGUUCCAUAACCUACUCAUGCUCGAAUUUGGACAGUACAGCAGCUGUAGGGAAGGAUAGAUCUCUGUAGUAAUGACCUGCAUGGAAAGUCAUCAUCCGUAGGCUAUACAAUAUAACGUUACAUGUACCAUGCAGGUCUCAAAUGCAGAUUUUCUUGUAUAUGUUCUGGACUGCAUGCAUUUAGAAGCUGUCAAGACUCACUAGGAUUGCAAAUGUAUGUUUACCGAUUGCUAUUUUGUUAUCAAUGUUUGCUAACAGUUAGCAGUUAGUUAGAACUGCAGGGAUAGUCUACGGUUAAUGUCAAGAAACUGACAGUUUCAUAACAGUUGUGUUUACCAACGUAACUAGUUAGCUAAUAAUCACGACCGAUUCAACAAAAUAUGGUAAUAAGCUCAUGACUACCCACUUGGCUGUUCACCUUGGACUUGUUGGACGUCAACUUGUUGGUGGCUAGUACAUUUUGAAGGUAGUGCUAACACAACAUGAUGAUGAGUCCCAGUGGUUUCUUAAAACUGUGCCAACGGCCGCCUUCUCUGUCAGCACUACGAAAUGGAAGCAUGUGGAGAUGGAAUUGUAGUGGCAACCUCAUCACAAAUGUCUGCCUAUGGACCCACCCCUCAAAGAGAUGUGUUUCCACAGCCCCCAGCCUCCAUGUGGCAGACUUGACUGAAAGGGAGAAGAGAGUUUUGGAUAAGCUUUAUGAUGGCCUUGUGAAGGGCCAUAGGGCAGCACUUGCAGAGUCAAUUACCCUGGUUGAGACGCAGCACCCAAGAAAGAAGGAGCUAGCCCAGGUCCUGCUGCAGAGAGUGCUGGCAUAUAGGCAGGAGCAGGAGAGAGCCAAUGGAAACCAACCUGUGGCCUUCCGAAUAGGGCUGUCAGGUCCUCCCGGUGCCGGCAAAUCCUCCUUCAUUGAGGUUUUGGGGAAGAUGCUGACUGGACAAGACCAUAGAGUGUCUGUCCUUGCCGUGGACCCGUCCUCGUGCACAACAGGAGGGUCAUUGAUGGGGGAUAAAACGCGCAUGACAGAACUAUCCAGAGAUAUGAAAGCCUUCAUCCGACCAAGCCCUACCUCAGGGACUCUCGGAGGUGUCACAAGGACCACCAAUGAAGCCAUUCUGCUAUGCGAAGGAGCAGGUUAUGAUGUUGUUUUAGUUGAAACAGUUGGUGUUGGACAAUCUGAGUUUGCUGUGGCAGAUAUGGUUGACAUGUUUGUGUUACUGAUACCACCAGCAGGGGGCGAUGAGCUGCAGGGAAUAAAGAGGGGUAUUAUUGAGAUGGCAGACUUGGUGGUAGUGACUAAGUACGAUGGGGACCUAGUGGUUCCGGCUCGUCGGAUACAAGCAGAAUACACCAGUGCCCUGAAGCUGUUGAGGAAGAAGUCUAAGUCUUGGAACCCAAAGGUGGUCCGUGUGUCGUCCCAAACAGGAGAGGGUGUGACUGAGCUGUGGAGCACCAUGCUGGCGUUCAGGUCGGCGGGCCUGUGCAGUGGAGAGCUGCAGACGCGCAGGCGCAGCCAGCAGAAGGUGUGGAUGUGGAGCCUGAUCCAGGAGAACGCGCUGAGGCACUUCCAGGAGCACCCCUCUGUGCGCUCAGCGCUGCCCCUGCUGGAGGAGAGGGUGACCCGCGGGGAGAUCUCACCCGGUCUGGCCGCAGACCUCCUCCUCAAGGCAUUCACCUCCACUACCUCAUGAGCAAGAGCAGGGCUCCAAAGCAUUGCUGUCAGUCUAGCAUGAUGAGCACAUCUCCUAUGCUAGAGAUUCACUUGAAGCGCUCGCUGCUCUGAUUCUGCAGCACAGAUGAGAGUGUUGGGGAGCACACAGGGACUGGUGGAGUUGUUAGACUGAGACUGGACCUUCAGUGUGAUGUGUGUGUCUUUGAUCAGAAUCCAGGUGGAGGUGUGUGUAAUAACAGCUGCUCUUAGGGUGAACUAUGAUGUGAAUAUCUCAUCCUCACUAAUGGACAAUCACUGUUAGAAUUUAACCUUUUACUGAAUUGAACCUUUUAAUCAUCAUUUAUGCUUGAGAUUUCAAGGGAUCACACUUACAGAUACAAUUCAUCUCCUGUAUGGCAAGUCAUUUUGGAUAAAAUCCUUUCUUGAAUCAAUCUAAAUAUUUGUGUUGUUGUGUUGUAAGUCUUGUAUCAGAACACUAGGAGGCAGCCAAGUCACAGAAAAUAAUGAUCUUUUAUGUAAAAAGCACCUCCUGCCUCCUGGCCACCGUCAUCUUGAAAGAAUCUGUUUUGUUUGAGAGAGAGAGAGAGAGAGAGAGAGAGAUGUAUGUAUGCAGGAUGGUGAGGUGAGUAGAAGUCUCAAGGCUCUGGUCAGUGUUGGUGGCACUGCUUCAUUGCUAUGUCUGUCCUGCUGCUCUUCCAUGGUCAUUCGUGUUCAUCGAUUAUUCCUGUCUGCCUGUGUGUGUUCGGAGGGAAAUAUGUGCCCUGCCUCCUGAGACCCUAAGCUCUGAGUCCUUGUCGUUUGCUUCUGUCUACCACCAGGAGCAAAGACACUGUCUGAAUACUGAUGACUUCAUUAGGUUUUGACUUCCCCCUUCAAGCAAUACACUAACACUGACAGACUGGCCAUGAUCUCUUAGGGUGGGGAGCGCCUGUACACCCCCGCUCACAAAAUCUGCCACAAAUCACAAAUCGUUUCGACAUCCUUUUGUCCCAGUAUAUGCCAAAAAGUUGUGGAUGGCCUUUUAAAAAAGAAUAGCUAGGAUUCUAGUCUGCCAUUUCAGUCUCCUGGAAAUUACUUCAUUUACAUGUUUAGCAUUUAAAGUGAUCAUUUCUUGUAAGCGAUGCAAGGGCAAGGUCUUUGUUGAUGAAGCUGGGAAGUUUUGUUUGUCAAAGCUAUUUCAGUGGUUUUCUUUUGUUCCCUCUCCAACAAACCGUAUUUGCAUCAAACACACUUUUCAGCACGUUGCACAAAUGGCUAUGGUUCACUCACAGCUUGUCUCAAUAUGGUGCAAACACAGGCACAUGUUGAUGUGGUGUACGAGAGCUACAAUAGCUGAGUAUGAAAUGGAAUGGCUACGUUUCUACGGGAAUCAUAAAAACAGAGUGUAGAUCAAGAAUGUAUUGAUCAGGACUGUGGAGAGUGUUCCAAGUGCUUUUAUUUUUAGGACUCAUUUUAGGACGCAUUUAGCUAGUAUAUGAAGGUGGUUGUUCAACUUAACUUUUGGGAAAUGUACCCCUGAGUGUGAAGUGUUUUUGCAUGUGUGUUGAGUGAAGUGUCACCCUCCCACCUUGCCAGUGAGCUGUGUUCAGAAGGAGGUUGCUGGUCACGCUCUGCGGCCUGACCAAGCCCCCUCUCCCUGCCGUGUUUGUUCUCCACACACACACACACACACACACACACACACGCACAGAGAGAGAGAGAGUUUAUAUCUGUGAUGGCUCGCCUCUCUCUGUCUUGCUGAUAGAUCCGUGUGCAAAGCAUUUCCUCUAGGCCUCUUUUUCAAGACUGGCACCACAGCAGUAAUCCAGCAAGUGACAUGUUGGAGUGGGUAGAGUGGACAGAGAGCAGACUCUCUCCUAUUCAUGCAGCUGGAGAUGUCACCUCUAGAUGCUUUACAAAUAAAUACGGUGGAGGUAGCUGACUCUGGCCAGUGCAAGGGUGGGUAAUUAUUGUUCAUUUCCUGUGAGUUGUACUGCAGUCUCUAAUAAUAAUACAUGUAAAAAUGGGAAAGCAAACUCAAACAGAAUCUUUGAAAUGGAUUCAUUUUCUUCUUUAGAGGGCCAGUGUAGAGGUUCCUGUAAAAAUGAUAAUCUCAGUGGUAUUGGGGGGGGGGGGGUGGAGGAGACCAGGGGAGCUUCAGUGGUCUCUGGUAAUGUAUUUGUGUGAAUAAUUAUUUGUAGUUAUGGUUUGAAGAUGAUAUCAGAGCAGGAUGAAUCCCACCAAGUGAUUUAUUGGCAUCUGAGGGAACGCUGACAGCAUUCUCUUAGUGAAUUCCAUCUGGUCUCAGAGUGGGAUUUGAUCAGUCCAAGUUGCUAUUUUGGGCACUUGAUAACCAUUGUCCAAUCAACGUGUGCAAUAACAAUUAAGCCUGUUUUGCUCAAUCAUAGAUAGAGACAAGUACAUGAUGUCUUGCCACGUCAAACUACUGCUGCCCAUGGUUUAAAAAAGAAAACACAGCCAAAGAUGGCAGCGAGCCCCCCUCGAGGCCAUGAAAGGCGUCCACUUAUAAUCCUAAUUGCCAUGGCUAGGCCUACUUAACUGAGUUCAGCUGCACAACGUCUGCAGGCCAGUAUUCUUUCCUAUGAGGUUUGUAACAACAUCCUGUUGACAGAUAAAAGUUGAAGUAGCUUGAAAUCAAAAGUUAGAGUGCUAAGUUGGUAUAUGCCAGAUACUACAGAUCAGGUCAGGGCAAGCAUUAUGGUGUCUCUCUCUUAAUCUGACUCUUGAUCACAUUUCCCUCAUCUAAAAGAAAAUCUCAAGUGAUGAGAGGUUUUCUGCCAUGACUAGCUGAUGUAACUCAUGCUGUUCCAAUCACCUCCAAUCAUAAAUUCUUCAUCGAGUUGUCAUCAGGGUGCAUGUACUGUACUGUUCAUUGUCAGUCUCUCACAUCUCUUGUAGUCAAUGUUAUGGUCGCAAUAUGCUGGACCAAGUGAAAUGUUUUUUGGUUGUUUGGCUUUUCUAGCUUUUGUGAUUUGUGUGUGUGAUUUUAACACCGACACCAGCUCUAAUCCAAUUAAGUAUUUAUGCAGUGUGGUAAAUUGAUUCAAAUCAAUCUUUGAUUUGAUUGAAAAAUCUGAAGGGUAAUUAGUUUGAUUUGAAAUAUUGAGAGGUUGUAAAUGUGGUUGGUUAAUGACUGAUGCUCUUUCCUGACGUGUUUUCACUUAGUUAAGUUUGAAAGAUUACUAGAUAGAUAGAUAGAUAGAUAGAUAGAUAGAUAGAUAGAUAGAUACUUUAUUGAUCCACAAGGGGAAAUUCAAGGUCAUUCUUAAGACAUCACACACAACAUACACUACAAGAUAUACAGGAUGAUGAUACUAGGAUAGAUUUCAAAAGCUCACAUUUUAUGUUGAAACCUAAGGGUUAUUUAAACAAAGGAUUUCAACAUGAUAUAGAAUAUCAACAUGAAAAGGAAAUUUCCCUUCUGGACAUAACAGCUCUCUAGACUCACCAAACAUCACUACAGAAGACACCACAGUACUUGCACUUGAAAUAUUUCAGACUUUACUGACAUUGUGUGGCCAGUGUUAAUACUUUAGUUUAUGUAUUAGUUUUGUAUUUGGUAUAAGUUAAUACUUCAAGUAUUAUGUCCAGAAUUUUACCAUUUGAGAAGUGAUGUUGUUUGUUGCCAAUGCCAAUAUCAUUUCCUAUCUGAGAUAGGAAUCUAAACUUGAAAUUAUCAUCAGGCCAAGCCUGCUGGAUUGCAGUAGUAGGCCUACCUGGGCGGAAACCACAUGGCCUGACUUAUCUCUUUGACAGGUGUGUGUGUGUGUGUGCAUGCAGGUCAUGACUAGAGAAGUGGGCUGGCGAGUGUAAGUGCCGUGGAGAGGGCAGUGUUGUCGCGCCAGGCUGACAUGUCUGGGAGAAAUGCCAGGGCUCAGCCGGAGUGCCCAUUGGUUUGUUGCUGGACAUGUGGAGAGAGGGCACUCUUACUGGUACGGGCAGAUGGGUAAACUUUUGCUGACCACACGGCACCACUGGUCUGGCACAGGUGCCAACAAGCGAACACACUGCGUCUGGCAAGCUGGGACGGAGACAGGUGUUUUCCAUUUCCCCAUUCAGGCUUUUGCAAAUGUACUCUCUGUGUUUGCUGUCUGCAUGUAUGUUAGAGCGUUCUCACAGUUUUGUGAAUAUUUAGAUAAAGCACUUGGAGCUACCUUUGAUAUGACUCCUGACCUGUGGGAAUAUUUCCAGGGCUCUGUACAAUAAACAAAAUUACUUUUUUUCCAAGGUGA